AUGAAUGAAGUAGAUUUAAUUGAGUCUUUAAAGACUGCUCAACACGUUAGGGAUUUAGAAUUAGAGACGUCAUCACUGUCGGCAACUGGUGGCCCACUUGGAACUGCCAACGUAAACCGACCUGCCUGGGCGCUCGACUUGGCAAAGAACCCAUCACUGCGCAAUGAAUUCGAGCAGCUGGAGGUAGCUGUCAACGAGUACAAUACCGUAGCCUCACAUCACAAAGGCGAAAUUGUGGUCAAGCAGGGCUGCGAGUUGAAGGAUGUGCUCGCUCAGGCAAAAGCCUUGCAGGAGGCUGAUUCUCCGAAUGAAGGAGACAGGAGUCUCGGCAAUAGCAUCCAAGCCGGUUUACAGCAGUUUUGCAAAUCGAGUCUUCAUUAUGCCGCAAUCAUGGAUACACUAGCACAGCACCACCCCGAAUGGGUCAGCCUAGCUUGGGGAACCAUCAAGCUGCUGUUAAUGGUCCCAAUCGAGUAA